AUGAGGCCAGAGCCGAGCAGGGCAGGGCCUGGGAGAAGGAGAGUGGGGCCCCUGCCUGGAGUCCAUGUGCUGCCCUUGGGCAUCGCUCCUGCCCGGGGCGCCACGCCACCCCCCUCCCACAGGAAGUGCUCUCUCCGGGCCCCUGCAAGGCCCUUCCUCGCCCUGCUGCUGCUGGUUUCCAUCAAGCAAGUUACAGGAUCUCUCCUUCAGGAGACAACUCGGAAGUGGGCUCAGUACAAAGAGAAGUGUCUGAGAGACUUACUCAAGAAACCUUCUGGCGUAUUUUGUAACGGGACCUUUGAUCAGUACGUGUGCUGGCCUCAUUCCUCUCCAGGAAAUGUCUCUGUUCCCUGCCCUUCAUACUUACCUUGGUGGCGCGAAGAGAACUCAGGAAGGGCCUACAGACACUGCUUGGCUCGGGGCACUUGGCAGACGCAGGAGAACUCCACAGAUAUUUGGCAGGACGACUCUGAAUGCUCUGAGAACCACAGCUUCAAACAAAACGUGGAGCACCAUGCCUUGCUGUCGACCUUGCAGCUGUUGUACACCGUGGGUUACUCCCUCUCCAUUGUCUCCCUCUUCCUGGCUCUCACCCUCCUCUUGUUUCUUCGAAAACUCCACUGCACACGCAACUACAUCCACAUGAACUUGUUUGCUUCUUUCAUCCUGAGAGCCCUGGCCGUGCUGGUGAAGGAUGUCGUCUUCCACAACUCUUACUCCAGGAGGCCCAACAACGAGGAGGAGUGGAUGUCCUACGUGUCGGAAAUAUCCACCUCCUGCCGCUCGGCCCAGGUUCUCCUGCAUUACUUCGUGGGUGCCAAUUACUCAUGGCUGCUAGUUGAAGGCCUUUACCUCCACACGCUUCUGGAGCCCACAGUGCUUUCUGAAAGGCGGCUGUGGCCUAGAUACCUGCUGGUGGGUUGGGCCUUCCCAGUGCUGUUUGUUGUACCUUGGAGUAUCGCCCGUGCACAGCUGGAGAACACAGGGUGCUGGGGAACCAAUGGGAAUAAGAAAAUCUGGUGGAUCAUCCGAGGACCUAUGCUGCUCUGUGUAAUGGUCAAUUUCUUCAUCUUCCUGAAAAUUCUCAAGCUUCUCAUUUCUAAGCUCAAAGCCCAUCAAAUGUGCUUCAGAGAUUAUAAAUACAGAUUGGCAAAAUCAACGCUGGUCCUCAUUCCUUUAUUGGGUGUUCACGAGAUUCUCUUCACCUUCAUCACUGAUGAUCAAGUUGAAGGAUUUUCAAAACUUAUAAGACUCUUCAUCCAGUUGACUCUGAGCUCCUUCCAUGGAUUACUUGUGGCCUUGCAGUAUUGCUUUGCCAAUGGAGAGGUGAAGGCCGAGCUGCGGAAGCACUGGGUCCGCUUCUUGCUAGCCCGCCACUCGGGCUGCAGAGCCUGGGUCCUGGAGAAGAACUUCCGAUUCCUGGGGAAAGGGCCCAAGAAGCUCUCUGAGGGAGACAGUGCUGGGACGCUGCAGAAGCUGCGGCCCUCGCCUGGCAGCGGGCAGCUCCUGCACCUAGCGGUGCAGGGCCUGGGGGUGCUGGGCGGCGGGCCCCACCGGGGCCAUGCGGGCUGGCCCCGGGGCAGCAGCCUGUCCGAGAGCAGCGAGGGCGACUUCACCCCGGCCCACACCAUGGAGGAAAUUCUCGAGGAGAGCGAGAUCUAG